AUGUUCGGCCAUAGUGGAAAGCUGACCGAUCCUACCAAGAGCGAACAUGUUAUCAACGAGUUCAAGAAGCUCCAGCCCAGCGGUGAUGUGCGCGGUUAUGUGUCACACACUUGGUCCGAAGAUCCUUAUGCNAAAGGUGCAUGGUUCUGUGCCUUCCCUGGUCAAGCCACAAAGAGCCUGAAGGCUUUGCAGGAACCUCAUGGAAGAGUCUUCAUGGCAAGCGCGGAUUGGGCCCAGGGUUGGCGAGGCUUCAUCGACGGUGCAAUCGAGCAAGGAGCCCGGGCUUCCGCGGUUGUCAAAUAUGCUUUGGAACAGGAAGAUUGUAUCUCAACUCCCAAGCUCUAG